CUGCAGCGAACUGAGAGCUCAACAAUGGAAACCUUUAGGCGGUCACGAACGACAGAAACGAGAAAAACUCUUGCGAGACAGGUCAUCGGUUAAGGAAACAGUGCGACAAACUCUGAUUAGUGUUGCGGAGCGUGGUGACUGGCAAGUUUUGAGAGAAUCUAUAGAAAUUCUAAAACGAAGAGCCACAUCUGUGGUUACCAAAAGGAUCUACAAACAGCAACUGAAGAUGACUCUUAUGACCAUUAUCGAAGAAUUAAAGAUGAAAAGUUGUCAAUUUUCUGUCGAACUUCGUGAUGCAGAUCAAAUAAUCGCUACCUUACGCGAUCAAAGGAGUGAUGAAUAUUUGAACGCGAGCACACGCCUCUGCUACACUGAGAAAUGGUUGCAAGCUCGAGCUGAAUCAUUGGAACUAGAAUAUAGUAUAAAAAGAGAACCAUUACCACGUACUGAUCAUGAGCAAAGGGUGCACGAUGAACUUUUGAAAGCGUAUUCGUUGCAGAUAGCGGAACGAGAAAAGUCUUUGGAAUAUUGGCAUUCUCGUUAUGCAGUAGACACAGCGUCGAUCAACAGAAGACUCAAAGAGAAGGCUGACCAAUUUCGCUGUGUUAGCGCUCGACGAGCAGAAUUGCAAAAACUCUACGAUCUACAUGAAGGCGAGAUGCGAGCUUGGCUUACUUUUAAAAAAGAACGAGCGGCCCGACUUCUUCGUGAGAAACGUCUUCGAGAUUCAGCAACAAGAAUACAAGCAUGGUGGCGCGGAGUUAUGGUCCGUCGUGCACUCGGAGCCUUUCGCCAUUUAAGAAAUGCAAAGAAAUUACCUACUAAAGGAAAGAAGAAAUAAACACAUUAAAUUAUUGAUAUGUGCAUGUGAUUGUAUGCAAUUAGAAAAUAUCAAGGCCAAACGAAAAAAUAUGGUUAACGAGGAUCUUUUUAAUUAAAUUACAUAACGUAACGCCUGACCUAAAAAUAUUCUACCAUUUCGUACAUUGUGCAGCUUUUUUUU